UCAGCCACUGAUCUAUAUCUGGCGGUACAGCAGCGAGAGCGGUAGCUGCACGUGGAUGCCUCGUGGGGCAGUUUGUACCGGGACUGACGACUAACUCCUCUUGGUCAUGGCAGAGGAGAGAGAUUCCUGGAUGUUGCCCAUUUGUUUGGCACUUCCGUGAUGGGACGGAGUCAGUAUUGGCAGGGGCGGACUGAACGGCUGAAGCUCGUGCCUUGGUGAAAAUUCAGUGUAGUCAUCUUGCAGUAAUGAUCCAGUGAUGGAGAAGAUCCAGUGACCAGCACAAUCCGAUUCCUCAAUGAACAGCACUUUCCCAGGGGGUGACCACAACGGUGCCAUAGCAGAAAUGAAGUUUGGCGUAACAGACUAUGCCAUUUUUGUAUUACUGUUGGUGCUGUCGGCAGGCAUUGGACUCUUCUAUGCACUGAGUGGUGGGAAGCAGCGCACUGUUCAGGAGUUUCUGUUGGCCAACCGCAGCAUGACCUUCUUGCCCGUGGCACUCUCACUGCUUGCCACAUUCCAAUCUGCCGUGGCCAUCCUAGGUGUCCCUGCUGAGAUCUAUCGCUUUGGUACCGAGUACUGGUUCCUCGGCUGCUCAUACUUUCUGGGGCUCCUUAUCCCGGCUCAUAUCUUCAUCCCUAUCUUCUACCGCCUUCGCCUAACCAGCGCAUAUGAGUAUCUGGAGCUGCGCUUCAACAAGGUAGUGAGGAUAUGUGGAACAGCCACCUUCAUCUUCCAGAUGGUGAUCUACAUGGGUGUGGUGCUCUAUGCCCCAGCACUGGCACUCAACGCAGUGACUCAUUUUGACCUCUGGGUCGGAGUGCUCACCGUUGGUUUGGUCUGCAUCCUGUACACCACUCUGGGUGGUCUCAAAGCUGUGAUCUGGACAGAUGUGUUCCAAACAUUUGUCAUGUUUGCGGGACAAGUGGCCGUGAUCGUGGUCGGCACCAUCAAGGUGGGCGGCAUGGGUCGUGUCUGGCAGGUGGCAGCUGAGCACGGCAAAGUGUCGGGAAUUAACCUGAAUCCUGACCCUUAUGAACGUCACACCUUCUGGAGUCUGGCCUUCGGAGGUGUCUUCAUGAUGCUUUCUCUCUUUGGGGUGAACCAGGCCCAAGUCCAGCGGUACUUGAGUUCCCGCUCAGAGCGGCAGGCUGUGCUCUCCUGCUAUGUCGUGUUCCCCUGCCAGCAAAUCGUGCUCUGUCUUGGCUGUCUCACCGGUCUGGUCAUGUUCGCUUACUACCAGGAGCAUCCCUUGUCAGUGGAGCAGAGCAGUGCCUCGCCAGAUCAGAUGGUCCUCUACUUCGUUAUGGAUGUGCUGCACGAAAUGCCCGGCCUCCCUGGUCUCUUUGUGGCUUGCCUCUUCAGCGGCUCCCUCAGUACCAUAUCCUCGGCCUUCAGCUCGCUGGCAGCAGUGACGAUGGAGGACUUGAUCCGCCCUUACGUAGCCAACAUCCCUGAGAGACGUGCUACACUUUACUCCAAGUUGUUAGCUCUGGGCUAUGGACUCAUCUGUCUGGGCAUGGCUUACCUCUCGUCCAUGAUGGGUCCAGUGCUACAGGCUGCUUUCAGCAUCUUCGGCAUGGUAGGGGGACCACUCCUGGGACUCUUCUGCCUUGGCAUGUUCUUCCCAUGUGCCAACUCUGUGGGAGCUGUAGCUGGCUUGGUGGCUGGCCUAGCUAUGGCAUUCUGGAUCGGUAUUGGAAGCUUCAUCAACAACACACAGGCCCCGCCUCCUCUGCCCAAUGGAACCAGCAUCCUUCCACUUGAUGGGAACUUGACUACCGCCGUUAUGACAACCCUGCUGACCUCGGUGACAACCUCAGAGAAGCAGACAGGACUGAAGAAGUUCUACAACUUGUCAUACAUGUGGUACAGCGCACACAACUCCACCACUGUCAUUGUUGUGGGACUCCUGGUUAGCUUCCUCACAGGCCGCAUGCGUGGUGAAGCUGUAAACCCCCGCACGAUCUUCCCAGUGCUGCCACGCCUAUUUUGCUGCCUCCCUUCAAAGUACCGUGAUAAGCUGCGCUUUGGGGUCCGUGAAUGUUCAGAGGAUGGAAGGUGCUCAGAGCCAGUGUGUCUAGCCAUGGAGAAAACCAGCAACGGGAUGCUGAAUGGACUGCCAGAGGGCCUGCCUUCAGGGAGUGAAACAGGCGAAGUAGAGACAGGUGAAGGAUUUGCCCAGGCAGACAGGGCUCCCACCUACAUCCAGCGGGAGACGACCCUCUGAUCUGGGUAGAGCAAAGCACCUGGUAGUGAAGAGCGGCAAGGAUUUGUUCUCUUCCAGGAUGGAAGCCCUGGGGUGCCUCGCAAAAGAAAAGGUGCUGCUGUCCCCUUCCAAGUGCCAUCACGGCUUUCUCAUGCACUGGAAGUAAAUCUGCCCUGCAGCGCCCGAUGGGAGUGGAGUCAUCCCCUCGCACCCAGAUCCCAACCUGACUGUGGUACAUUCCCUCCCAAGGUUCAGUGCCGCUGUUCAUACCAUAUUGUGAAUGUACCCUGGGGAGAUGAGCAGACACUGCCCAACCCCAAAUUCCAAAGCACAAAAGGCCACGGCAGGGAAUCUCCAUGGCUUCGAGGUGCCUCCUUUUCCGCACCCGGCUCUCAGAACUCAGAUGUCUCCGGCCCACUCGUCCCUUGGGGAGUGUGGGCCUUGCCAAAGAAGUUACUUGAUCUUGUGGUGGGGCCACCUGCUACUGCUGCCCAAGCAACCCUGCAAGGGGCAACCUGAUGGGGCUACGGUUUCAUUCCACUUUCGCUUGGCAGGCACUACUGUGACAAGGUGCAGAAGCAAGCGUCCAGUAAUCCAUAUAUAGUGUCCUGGGAGUGCCUGGUUCAGAGCCAAACUCCUGCCAGAGUUGGGGGGAGGGCACAUUCUGGGAGCUCAAAACAUUCCUGCUUCCUUGGCUCUUGUCACCUAGGGCCAAGUCACACAAGGCCAUGAGUUGGGUCCAGCUUCUCCCAACCCAGCUCACGUUCCCCACAACCGGAUGUCUGCUGUGUUCAGUGCAUGUGCAGCCCCUCAGGAGGGCAAAUAAUGUUAUCCGAAGCCAUUUCAGCUUGGGGAAAUGGUAGGAGGGCACGCAAAGGCCCUUCUCUUGCCCUGUGGUCUCUAUCCAAAUUGAGGCCCUGCAGCACUUGGAAAAUAAGUUUUCCUUGCAGCUGCCAUCUGCUUGUGGAGAAUGCAAGUUGGGUCAGGAGCACCCCAACCCAAACCUCUUGUGUAGUUUAGCCCCCAAGUGCAAAUCCAGUUUCCCCUCCUAUUUGCAGGGGUUGGGUUGGCAGGGGACCUGGACUUUGGACCUUCCCCCUCAUUCUCUGUUUUUGUACCAUGCAUUUUCUUGUCUGUGAAAAGGUGUGUUAACAUCCUGGUCCUUGUUUCUUGUCUUUCUGAUGCUCAGCAACAAUUUUUGCUGCUGUUAGUAAAAACGAUUAUUGUU